GACCCUCCCCUGGAGGAGGGGGAAUGGUAGACCUUUGACAUUCUCACCCCUUUGACAUUCUCAGCCGCAGUGGUCUGCUGGAAACUGCGGAGAUGGAGAGACCAGCAGAAGCCCCAGAGUGCGCGUGCGCGCGUAUAGGGUCGCGCCAGAUGGCGGCGGCGGAGGCCGUGCACCACAUUCACCUGCAGAACUUCUCCCGCUCGCUGCUCGAGACUCUCAACGGGCAGCGACUGGGCGGGCACUUCUGUGACGUGACCGUGCGCAUCCGCGAGGCUUCGCUGCGUGCGCACCGGUGCGUGUUGGCGGCCGGCUCACCCUUCUUCCAGGACAAGCUGCUGCUCGGUCACUCCGAGAUCCGCGUGCCACCGGUGGUGCCCGCGCAGACAGUGCGUCAGCUCGUCGAGUUUCUCUACAGCGGCUCACUGGUGGUGGCGCAAGGCGAAGCACUUCAGGUGCUCACGGCUGCCUCAGUGCUGCGCAUCCAGACAGUCAUAGACGAAUGUACGCAGAUCAUUGCCCGCGCCCGCGCCCCUGCCCCAGGCACCCCGGCGCCCCCGCCCCUGCCCACACCUGUGCCCCCACCACUCGCGCCUGCGCAGCUGCGCCACCGCCUGCGCCACUUGUUGGCCGCGCGCCCCCUGGGCCAUCCAGGUGCGGCGCACAGCCGCAAGCAGCGUCAGCCCGCGCGCCUGCAGCUUCCUGCGCCCACCGCGCCCGCCAAAGCGGAGGGGUCUGCCGCAGACCCCGCCCUGCCUGCGGGUCCAGAUGAGGGUGGUGACGAUGAGGACGAGGAGACCGAGGACGACACCGAAGGCGAGGACGGCGAAGGCAGCGGCCCGGGCGAGGGCCAGGCGCCCCCUUCCUUCCCUGACUGCCCCGCAGGCUUCCUAACCUCCGCCGCUGACAACGCGCGUGAGGAGCCCCCGGCGCCCGCUGGCCUCUCUGACUACGGCCCUGGGCGGGACUUCUUUCGGGCGCCUCCGGCGGCCGAGGACGUGUUCCCCGACAGCUACGUCUCCGCGUGGCAAGGGGAAGAGGGCACAGCCGUGGAAAGCUGUCCCACUGAGGCCCCGGCUCCACCCGACUGUGUUGUGUCGGGACCCCGCCCGCCUGCCGUGAAGACCCCAGGGCCUCCCGUAGCCCUUUUCCCCUUUCAUCUGGGUUCUCCGGGGCCACCGGUACAGCACCCUCUCCAACCCUCCGGGCCAGCCCCUGCACCUCCCGCCACCUUCUACCCUGCGCUCCAGCCGGAGGCGGCCCCCAGCACGACUCUGGGGGAGCCCCCGGCCCCGGCCGCUGCUCGCGCCCCUGCCCCUUUGGCCCCUUCUGCGCAAACCGCGGGUUCCCAGCCGCCCACUUACGAGUGCAGUCACUGCCGCAAGACGUUCAGCUCACGGAAAAACUACACCAAGCACAUGUUCAUCCAUUCCGGAGAGAAGCCCCACCAGUGUGCCGUGUGCUGGCGAUCUUUCUCGCUGCGUGACUACCUGCUCAAGCACAUGGUCACGCACACGGGCGUGCGCGCCUUCCAGUGCGCGGUCUGUGCCAAGCGCUUCACGCAGAAGAGCUCGCUCAACGUGCACAUGCGCACACACCGGCCGGAGCGCGUGCCCUGCCCCGCCUGCGGCAAGGUCUUCUCGCACCGCGCGCUGCUGGAGCGCCACCUGGCGGCGCACCCUGCCUCCUGACCCCAGCCUGAGGCCUGGCCACGCCCCGCAUGGGUUUGACCCCGCCCCCGUGGGCCACGCCCUUUGCAGGCUCGCAAUCGUCCGAGGGCUGAGCCACGCCUACUACGGGACCCCUUAACAUCCCCGCCAGCUUGGGCAAUGCACCGGGGCGUCCUGACCGCGGUCCAGCCAUCCCACCACGCUGUCCCCUGAGCGCAGACCCUCGUCCUCGCCGUUGACCACGGGGCCCAACUCUGACCCCUCGGUAGCGGCAGGCUAGGCCUGGUCCCGGCCCGCACCACCGCUGAAGUGGAUUCUCGGGCUUGGGGUCGGGCCCAGGAUCUCUGGCUCCACUUUCGGCCCCACCGCCUCCCCUGACUGGGGUGGGGUGGGGGGUCGAGGGCUGCUUCUCUACCCCAGAGUCAGGCUGGGCCGGACCCCGGGCACCUCCCCUCGGCCACUCCUCAUCUGGCACCUGAGGGAGCGCCAAUGGGUUCAUCAUGGACUGUAAUAAAAGGACUGGCCCUUGGGCCCAAGCUCGGAAGCUCUGAGCUCCUGGACCGCGUGUUCCUUGCUCUCACGGACUGGCUGUGGGCGUCGUGGCUCAGUGUCCCCCUCCGUGGGCAAGGAGGUCU